UCUCCAAAUUUUCCUUAACUACAUUUAUCUUAAAACGGAAAAAAUAUAGAAAAAAAAAAGAUGGGCAAAAAAAUGAAGCUCCCCUCUCUUCUCAAGAACACUUCUGCUUCUUCUUCUUCUUCUUCGUCUUCUUCUUGGGCUUGGCCUUCAUGUCACCAACCAAAAACCCACUCUUUCAGAGCCACCAAAGAAAUCUUCAAGACCUACUUCGACGCCACCGUCACCGCCAUGGACACGCUACUUCUCAACACCUCCGAAGACUCCUUCUUCACCGUGUCUCCGGACUCCACCAGCUUCUCAACCACUUCCGACGACGACUACACACCGUCAACAAAAGACGACUCAUCUCUCGAGACCGUCAUUCGCGGCUUGCGCCACCGCUCCGACCGCCUGUUCUUCGACCCGGACGACGGCAGUUCCAUCAUAGAAGCAAAAUCAGUAACCGCAACGGGAACGGCGGGAGCGUCGUGGUCGUUGCCGUUGUUCAAGGACAGCGUGGCGUUGUCCAUGGAGUCACGAGAUCCUUACGUGGAUUUCAGAAAGUCCAUGGAAGAAAUGGUGGAGGCUCAUGGAGUGAAAGAUUGGGAAGGUCUUGAAGCGCUUCUUGGUUGGUACUUGAAGGUUAAUGGGAAGAGCAAUCAUGGAUAUAUAGUUGGUGCUUUCGUUGAUUUAUUAGUCUCUCUUACACUUGCUUCAUCUUCUUCUUCUACUACUUCAUCUUCUGAUUCUCCUUCUUCUUCUUCUUCCUAUUCUCCUUCUUCUCCUUUGUCCUUUUAUAGUUCUUCACUCUCUUCCUCUUGUGUUUCUUGCUUGGAGGCUGAACAAGAACCACAAGAGGUUGAUGAUGGUGAUGAUAAUCAUACUCCUCCUGCUUCUUCGUCUUCGUUGUUGGAGCAAGAUAAGGAGAAGAUCAAAUAUGAACAUGUUGCUUCUUCUUCUUCAUCAUCUUCCUCAAAAGUCUAAGUUUUUGUUUAUCAUAAAACUAUUCAUCAUCAAAGGUUAAACUUAUUAGACAGAUAUAUGUAUCGAAAAGAAUUGUAUUAUUGUUGUGUACUUUUUAGGCUCCAAAAAUUCUAUUAUUAUGUAUCUCUUUUUUGGAAUAUAUCCGAAUUUUAUUAUUCGGAUGGACUGAUCUGACUCAUAGUAGAUUGUAUCUGCUACUCUUAACACGAUAUGUGGCUUCUAGCAGAAUUGUAAUUUAUUAGUAUAAGUAACAAUUUCUUUUUCAUGA